UCCCUUAAUAAACCUCCCCCCUCCCCUCCAUUUCUCUCGCCAACCCAAAAUUUCCAUUUCGAUUAAUCAACGACAACUGAAAAUUUUCAUCUCUCCAACGCCGAUCGCUUCUCAGGGUGAUUGAAUUGUUUUCGUUGUCCAAAUUUGUGAUUGUUUUAAAGGUUUCUGUUUGAAGAUGGCUCAGAGGACUGAGAAAGAAGAGACGGAAUUCAAGGCUGUACCUGAAACCUUGACUCUCUGCAUCAAUAACUGCGGCGUCGUUGGAAAUCCGGCGACAAACAAUAUGUGUCAAAAGUGCUUUAACGCCACCACAACCUCCAGUUCAACCACGUCAACGCAACGAAGUACUCGUGGUAGAUCUGGCUCCUUGAGGUCUCCGACGAGGUCAACGUCUCGCGAUGUAUCGGUUGAUCUGGUUGUAGAUCGGACGGUUUUGAUGGUUGAUGAACAACCAAAGGAGAAAACGACGGCUAAGGUUGUAAAUCGGUGCUCCGGUUGCCGGAAGAGGGUAGGUUUGACCGGAUUCCGGUGCCGGUGUGGCGAUCUAUUCUGCGCGGAGCACCGCUACUCCGACCGUCAUGACUGCACCUAUGAUUAUAAGACCGCCGGUCGGGAGGCGAUCGCGAGGGACAAUCCGGUGGUCAAAGCGGCAAAAAUUGUUAGAAUUUAAAUUAAAUUAUUUUCCACAAAUUUUUACAUAUGUUUGCCAAAUUUGAUUUCUUUGAUCGAAAAACUUUUAUAAACUUACGAGAUCAACGCUCGAUCUCUUGUUUCUAUCAUCUCUUGUGGAAAUUAAUUAUUGAAUUCAAUCAUCUGCUUGGAGAUGAGAUAGAUUGAUUGAUCGAGUAUCAUCUGAAAUUCUCCCGUUGGAAUUGUUCUGCUUUAUUUGGUAGAGAUUCAAUUAUUAGGUUUCAUUAGUAUUGUUGUAUGAUUGAUCAUCCGGUGCUCAAAAUCAAUUAGUGUAAUAUAAUUAAUGAAAGGAAGAUCUUCUUCAA